UCUGCAGAGCAAGGCGAUGAACACCGAAAAUAGUUAGAUUAAAUCUUAAUCUGAAGAAAACUCAACAUUCUUCCUCUGCCUUGGAAAAGGGUUCUUUUGUUUAUUUUAUUUUUUUUAUAUACCUGAAAGAGGGACUGUGAAACAAACAGUGACCUCACAUAAAAUAUAUACACACAGGCAAGCCGAGAUACAUAGGCUACUUCUACAUCACCCAGUCAGAUUUGGAAUAUAUCUUUGUGCUUUUCAUACGCUAAUCAAAACUUACAAAUGUACUUGACAUGUACCAUCUAUAUGAAGUGGAAGUGCCUCUUGCUGGUGGUCAAGGAUUUUUAAAUUCGAGACUCUUUAGAGGCCAACCUGAGUUCUGACAGCUUGAAAUUUUAUCGAAAAUGUAAAACUGGAUUUUUUUUUAAAACUGUGAAUGUUUUCUCUUGUGUUUAUUGACAAAGAGAAAAUUCUGUGAAAGUGGGAUGCCCUAGGUAAAAAAAAAAAUACUACCGAUUUCCAUGCGGAGACUUUUAAUGUUUUUUUUUUGUUUGUUUGUUUUACGUCACAUUUAAACAACUAAUCACAAUGUAUAGAAAAACGUACAACUUCGUCCAUGCACUGAAAACAUAUAUAAAACAUAUAUACUAUAUAUGACUUUCUUUUAAACCAGCACUUUAAAGUACACACAGAGCUACAUGUAUUUCCAUCAUGAGAGCACAACUGACACUGAACUGUAAAGAAAGUAAAUGCAUCUCUAAGCCCUGUAAUUUCUUAAAAACGUUUAUUUCAUUUUCGAAAAGAAAAGACCUGGACAGUUUGUUCUUCCUUCUUUAAAGAGUAAAAGAUUUUAAAUGCUGCAUUAUUUGAAAUGAAAGUGCUGCAGAAGGAACAUUAAAAGAUCUAAAAAUAAAGUACUGGUUUCUUCUCCGCAAAGAAUCAUUUGAACUUCCCACCGCAGAACGAGGAGGAAAUAAAUAACAGUUUUGACAUAUGGAUGUGAUUUUUGCUAAACAGACAGAUGUACAAAGAACUGAAAAGAGACUCGACGCAGACUAAAUGUUUUGCAGAUUAUUUUUUUAAAAUUGUGUAAACCACGCUUCCCUGUGAUACAGAAAAUCAGACAGAACUUUUAAGAAUGAACCGUCCCAUGGCACCGACCUAAGCAACGGAUGAAAACAGCAGUUAAAUAUAUUUUAAAAGGACAUCAAAUGCUCAAAGGUUGAUUUUUGCAAGUGACUCCUGGAGGCUGGACCAAGCUCGUUUAGUUAUGGGAUCAACUCUAUUGUAUCACAGUUUGGUCAUCAUCUUCUUCUCGAUCCUCAGCUGCGUGAAAGCUCUGGUAGAUGUUGAUGAUGUUAUCACCAAAGAAGAGCAGAUAUACGUUUUGUUCAAUGCCAAACGGAAAUGUGAGAGAGCCAUCAAAUCAAAGAUGUACAAGGUGUCCGAUGGCUUCUGUCUGCCUGAGUGGGAUGGCAUUGUUUGUUGGCCUGAAGGCCUGGCUGGCAAGACUGUCUCAACUCCAUGCCCUGAGUACAUUUAUGACUUCAAUCAUAAAGGUCAUGCCUAUCGGCGGUGUGACAUGAAUGGUAGCUGGGAGCUUGCUCCAAGCAACAGGACUUGGGCAAAUUAUACAGAGUGUGCCAAGUUCCUCACACACUACAGCCAGAACCAUGAGAAGGAAGUCUUUGACCGCCUGUAUUUGAUUUACACUGUGGGUUACUCUGUCUCGUUGGGAUCAUUAAUGGUUGCUGUUGUCAUCCUGGGGUAUUUUAGGAGACUGCACUGUACCAGGAACUACAUCCACAUGCACCUCUUUGUUUCGUUUAUGCUGAGGGCCAUCAGUAUCUUUGUGAAAGAUGCCGUGUUGUAUUCUGGGUCAGCGCUGGAAGACAUGGAGCAAGUUAGUGUGGAGGACCUUAAAUCCAUCACAGAGGCCCCCCCUGCAGACAAGACUCAGUUUGUUGGCUGCAAGGUAGCUGUGACACUCUUCCUAUAUUUCUUGACAACAAACUACUACUGGAUUCUGGUGGAAGGACUUUAUCUCCACAGCCUAAUUUUCAUGACAUUCUUCUCUGACAGAAAGUAUCUUUGGGGAUUCACUCUCAUUGGUUGGGGAGUCCCAGCUGUGAUUGUCACUGUGUGGGCGAGUGUGAGAGCAAUUCUUGCAGACACAGAGUGCUGGGAUCUCAGUGCUGGCAGCUUAAAAUGGAUUGUUCAAGUCCCUAUAUUGGCAGCAGUAAUGGUAAAUUUUGUUCUAUUUCUAAACAUAAUCAGAGUCUUAGCAACAAAAUUAAGAGAGACAAAUGCCGGAAGAUGUGACACAAGACAGCAAUAUAGAAAGCUGCUGAAGUCCACACUGGUCCUGAUGCCUCUUUUUGGAGUUCACUACAUUGUCUUCAUGGCUAUGCCGUACACUGACGUUUCAGGGAUUCCAUGGCAGAUCCAGAUGCACUAUGAGAUGCUGUUUAAUUCAUUCCAGGGAUUCUUUGUUGCUAUAAUAUAUUGCUUCUGCAAUGGUGAGGUCCAGGCAGAGAUUAAGAAGUCCUGGAGCAGAUGGACAUUGGCGCUGGAUUUCAAAAGAAAGGCUCGGAGUGGCAGCACCACAUACAGCUACGGACCCAUGGUGUCGCACACCAGCAUCACAAAUGUAACAGCAAGAGGCUCUUCAGCCCUGCAUCACACCACCCGCUUGGCACCUGCCUUCAAAAAUGGGCACCGCAACCUACCCGGUUAUGUCAAAAACGGCUCGGUUUCAGAGAACUCUGUUCCUUCUUCAGGGCAGGAGCUGUAUUUCAAAGAGGAAGAGCAAGAAAACAUGUCUGGACCUUGCGAAAAUAACAAGCCUACUAUAAUGGUGGAGGAGGAAAGGGAAACCGUAAUGUGAAGUACAUUGAUGCUUAAAAAAUACCUCGUUUCCAUGCACCACUCAACCAGGUUGAAAACCCUGCUGCCCCUGAUACUGCGUUUCCUUGUUAAUUUAUAAAACCCUCAUUGGCUGCCAAUCCGUGCUGCCCCUGAAUUUCUUUCUGACCCUUUCCCAAAGCAGGAUGGGUGGAAGUAUGUCACAACACUGACCAAUCAAGUGACAAGUGGGCGUAAACAUUUAAUCCACAUCCGGGAUGAACAGGUUUCUCCAUGCUUUAAUAUUCGCAUAUCGUUUUUUUUAGUAACAAAAAGCUUGAAAAAUUGUUAAGAUUAUCGGAAGCAAAGUAAUAGCGCUCAUCCUUUUGGUUUUGUAAACAAAUGAAUGCAACCUUAGCCACAAGGCUUGAUGGGAAAGAACCGCCAGCAUCCUUUGAAAACUCUGAUUGCUUGGAGUUUUUUCACUCGACGGGUAGACUAUCAAUGGGGGUUCAGGAAGAAUGCGGGAGAACCCGGAUCAGCUCGGAUUGGCAGUAAAUCCGUGCUCAUGGAAACGAGGAAGAGACUCACAAAUGGGCUGGCCAUGGAGGAACUAGAUCACUUCAGAUGCCCUCUGUUGAUUGAGGUCUGUGGUGGAAAAUGGGACAUUCCAUUAAUGAUCUAAUCAGAGCUACAUGAAAUGACAAAAGAAAAUCUCUUGGUUGAGGUCUGAUGUAAAUCAUGAGUGAGACCAUUUUUACUGGCCCAACUUAAAUUGUCCGCGACAUGUGCAGAACUCUAGUCACGUUCCACAAAAGGUGAAAUACUACACUUUGUGUAAGGGUGUGUUAUCUUUCAAAUGAGCUUUACUGUCAAUCUCAGCUAAUGCCAUUAAUCACACAAUUGCCCUGUACAUUACAUUUGUGAUCUAAACACAGUUGAUAAAUGGAUACAUUGUUACUGCAUUUUUAGUUUGAUAUAGAUGCUAAAAUUAAUUAUAAAUAAAAUACAGUAAAUGCCUGUGACUUACCAUUUGGUUUAACUGAAAGUCUUAGGGCCUGUUCACACUGGAGCUUUUUUUCGUACUCAGUAUGGUUCAGUUCGUUUGGAGAGCAGUGUGAACAUCAGAGUUCGAUUGGCAAACGAACUGAACCAAACCGAACUGAGACCACUAGGAGAGAUGGUCACAGACCGUUUGGCAAAAUAUCUGAGUUCGGUUUGCUUAAAAACAUGAAUGUGAACACUGGACGGUCUCUGUAGAUUUGGCUGUACAGUUACUGCAUACACAAACAGGUUGUAAAAAUGUCCAGAUGAGCGAUAUGGACAAUGGAGGAAACAACGGCAUUGUUAGAAAUUUGAUCAGAUAAAAAUAAAAAUCAGACUGACAAAACCCAGUGUAUUCGCUGUAAUAUCAACAUACCUGGAAAUUUAUUAAAAUUACCGUGGCUCCGGUUGGCUGGUGCGAUUGGUAUAACCUCUUUUUAUUUAUUUAUUUUUUUUUUUUUAAAAAAAGCUGUUUUCUUUAUUUUUGUAGAAUUGUUCAAGUUCAUGUUGAAUGAUGUGAACUGCCUCCAAUCGCUUUCAGGAUUCAUCACUGACAUUGGAGAAAAACAAAAAAAAAAAUCACAUUUGCAGAAAAUACAUCUGCAUGUGGAUUACUGUAUCGAUGUUGUGCCAGGGAGUGUGUAAGUACAAACUUUAUUAUACAAUAUAUACAGUAUUUAAGUUAAACAUUCCGUUUUUGGCUCGUUGUCCAGUUUUUAACAAACGUCUGUUUGGGCAAAGUUAUUCUUGGUGCGUACGUAAAUAUGUUUACCGGUGCUGCAAAAAUGAAAACAUAAUUUAUUUAUCGCUGUACACACUCUAUGCUAAUGUUUUACACAAGGAGCUAUAUCCCUAAAAAUGCAUUCCUUAUGUUGUCAUUAUUACAAUACCGUAGUUCUUUUUUUUCAAUAUACGAGGAUUUUAUACAAAUGAAAAAAAGCAAAACAUUAAACAAUAUAUACAGUAGGCUACUGUACUACUAUUGUAUUUGAAUAUUUACAUAGCAUGAAGAAGCAAUGACAGAAAAUGUAAACAUCCGAUGGUCUUUUAUUAAUAAAAAAUGAGUUCACUUGAUUAUUUCUAUAUGAACACAAGUGAACUGAGUCCUGGGAAAACACGGAAGUGAACCACGAAAACGAGACCCAGUUAAUUUCCAAACAAACUCAGUACGUUUGUACACAAGGCAAGUGUGAACAGCUUGCACAUUGAUACAUUGUUUCAAAGCAAACAAACCGGACUGAGGACGUUUGAAAUAAACCCAGUGUGAAUACCCCCUUAAUCUGUAUGAAAGUGCUUUACCUGAUAAAACUGUUUUAUGAGAGGUAAUUUUCUUCUACAUUUAAAAAAAAACCCUCUAAUAACUAUCUAAUUAAUUAUUUGCUCGUCUGCGCAAGAUUGUCUUCUUUAGGUGAUUCUGAGCUACUGCACAACGAACAAUUUAACUUGGGAUGAUAAUACUUAAUGAUCAACUUUCAAUCACUUACUGUGCCUCCAGGGCCUGCUCAUCUAUCAUCUGUAAAACAUUUGCAAAACAAAUGCUGAAAUACUGAUUUGUGAGCCAACUGAUUUCAAUAAUGUUUUCCUGGGUACCAGUGUUUGAUGGCCACUACCACAAAUGCAUAUACCUAAUAGCUGCCAUUUUGGUCAAAAUAUUGAUUUAUUUUAUUAGCAUGUUUUCAGGCUUCCUUCACAAAACUGUCCUUAAAAUGCAUCCUGCGCAGGGGUAUAUUAAAAAUUGGAUUGGAAUAGUUCUAUUUUUGUUUAGCUGAUACGAUUCUGCAGCCUGAAGUGGGUGUGUAUGUGUUGUGUAUAUAGUGUACAUGUAUAUCCAUUGCAACAGUACCGGUGGACCAUGAUGAUGGAUGUCUCUUAUGUGACGUGGAAAGAGUUGCAUGUUCUAUGUCUCACCUGAUGACGGCAGUCUGCAGUUGCUUGUGUUGUCUGGUUCCUUUGGCUGCUUGUGUGGGGGUGGGAAUGGCGAGUUAGGGUUAAAAUCCCUAAUGCCACAUUUCCUUGCUUUUAUGGCGAUGAGUUCAACCCUAAAUGCUGUGUUAACAUAGUUUUUUGCAAUGAAUAUAUAUAUAUAUAUAUAUAU